GGGGCUUCCGAAAGUUUCUUGGUCCUCAUUCCCACAAUAGAAAAUAUCAUUUCAAACACUCAACCACUCGUUCUUAUCCCAGUUUUUAGAUACAUCUCUUUGGGGGAAAAGUAGAGAGAGAGAGAAGAAGAAGAAGAAGAAGAAGAAGAAGAAGAUGGGGAGAGGGAAGAUAGAGAUCAAGAGAAUAGAGAACUCAAGCAAUAGACAGGUAACAUACUCAAAAAGAAGAAAUGGGAUCAUGAAGAAGGCCAAGGAGAUUAGUGUUCUCUGCGAUGCCCAAGUUUCUGUCAUCAUCUUUGCUAGUUCUGGCAAGAUGCAUGAAUUCUGCACUCCUUCUACCACAUUGGUAGAUAUGUUGGAUCAGUACCACAAGCUGUCUGGGAAGAGACUUUGGGAUGCAAAGCAUGAGCAUCUGGACAAUGAAAUUCACAGAAUCAAGAAAGAGAAUGACAGCAUGCAGAUUGAGCUCAGGCAUCUGAAAGGUGAAGACAUCUCAACUCUUAAUCACAAAGAGCUUAUGGUAUUAGAGGAAGCUCUCGAAAAUGGCAUGUCGGUUCUCAAGUCGAAGCAGAUGGAGUUUGUCCGAAUGAUCAGAAAACAUAAUGAAAUGAUUGUAGAGGAGAAUCAGAACCUCCAAUUCAAGCUGCGUCAGCUGCAUCUGGACGGGAUGGAUGAGAACGUUUUGGAAACUGGGCAAGGAGUGUACGAUCAUCAUCAUCAUCAUCAUGAUCACAACGCCGCCGUGGCUGCCGCCGGAGUUGCAGACUAUGAAGCUCAGAUGCCUUUCGCCUUCCGUGUCCAGCCAAUGCAGCCUAAUCUGCAGGAAAGGUUCUGAUUUGAUCUUCUCCCCACCAUCACCAAUACCCACUACUGCGUACUUGAUUUAAUCAAAAUCCCCAAAUUGAAAACCCUAAUUUAAUCAAUCACCAUUACUGCACUACACUCUACUAGCUUAGUUAAUUAAUUAUUGCUGCUGUCAAACUUUUCCUUGAUUAUAUAUUAAAUGGGCCCGUGGGCUUACUUGUAAAAUUGGGCUUCCAAUUUACAGAAUUGGGCCCAAGCAGACAGACUGGCCCACUAAUCGAUGUUUUCUAUUUUAAAAAAAGCUAUCAAAGGAAUUGAUAACAAG